AUUCAGUAUGUGCGCGACUAAACGAGAAAGCGGUUGGCAAACAAUUACCUGUUAAUCCGUUUAUUUUUAACUGAACGACAAUAAGCUUUUAGCGAAUAUGGAAAACCGUGGCGCAUAUCCGCCUGUCCAGGCGACUGGACAGCCAACCUAUGGCACAAUAGGAACUCAGACCACUCCCUCAGAAGCGUCUUUCGCAGCAACAGGUUGGUUCGCACGCAACCGAGCCAAUAAGCCGCAAAUGAACUCCGCCGGAGCAGCUCUGUUCGUUUUGGUUUCGGGCGGCAUGAAUAUCGCUUGGAGCUGUGGCUUUGACAAUGUGCAGGAUUUCAAAACAAAUACCCACAUCAUGAUAUGUUGGUAUCUCGCCGCAAUUAUCGGAGCUGCAGUCUCAGCAUUCAUCACCAACCGCGUAUCAAAGAAACUCAUUUAUAUAUUCUCGGCGUUUCUGAUUCUGCUCGGAGGUGUAUUCUUCGUGGCAUUGGCUGAUAAAUACGGCGGCAUUGCAGUCGCACGUUAUUUAAAUGGCUUCGCUGUGGGGCUCGUGUUCGUGCCUAUGAUUGUGCUGAUUGGCGAAGAGGUAAACAGUGGACAGCGCGGCUUGGGCGCCGGAAUCCUCAUAUCAGGCAGUAUAACGCUCGGAAUAUGCCUCCAAAUUGUAUUCGCGUCCUCAUUCAGUUAUAACGCAUCAACUUCAAACAACUCCUUUGGAACCACUCAGCUACACGGCACCAUCGUUAUCAUCUAUGCCGUACUAGCGUUUCUUAUGUCAUACUUCUUUGUAGUGGAAUCACCCGUUCAUCAUUUGAUGCUUAGUAAUGAGCAUGAGGCUAUCGAUUGCCUGCGACGUCUGCAGCAACCGUUCGUGGUAACCCAGGAGACAUAUCAGCGCUUGGAGGAGCACAGGCGCUACAUUGAAGCCAGCGACCCGAAUGGCGAUAAAUGUAUACCAGCACUAGUUAAGCUUUGCUUACUCCGCGGCCUGGUUGCUCUGUCAUUCUCGCCAGCCAUUGCGGUAGCACUUUUAUGGUCGUCUACAGUAUAUGCAGAACAAUUCGUCACUUGGCCUUGGAUAAUAUACGGGUUGUGUUUGUGGCUAGGCACCUACAUAGCAGCCUUCUGCCUGGACUCAGUUGGCCGCAAGUUGAUGCUACUUAUCGGCGCACUUUUUAGCGGUGCCUUGGCGAUCGCCAUUGGCGCCAUUUACAAUGACUUGGUCAACUAUUUCAUUCCGUCGAAAAUGGGAUCUGUGCUGUAUAUGCUCUUUGUGCUGGGGCUUUUGGUGAGCUUCGUCAACAGCGCGUCCUCAGCCUAUUUGACGGAAGCAUUUCCGCUGCACUUGAAAACCUACUACAUUGCUCUAUCCUUCAUCGUGGAGAUGCUCGUGUUACUUAUUAUCGGCGUUUGUACGCCAGACAAAGACAGUUUGGCCGCAUAUUUUAUUACAUUUGGUGUCUUCUAUUUGGCGUUCUCCUUUUUAAGCUUGUUCUGUCUACCAGAGACCAAGCAAGUUUCUUUGCUAGAAGCUCAAAGUAAAUUCAGAAGCAUUUUAACCCGAUGAAUGUCAUUCAAACACGAUAUUAUUUCAUUAUGAAUAAAGUACUUUGUGAUUUUUUUUUAA